AUGAAGGAGGACGCGCAGCUGCCGUCCCUGGAUGAGUCGGUCCCCGUCGACGGGGCCGCCAUGUCGGGGCAGAACGACAACACCGAGACGUAUUUCAUGGCGACCAACACGGACGGAGACGACUCGGGGGUUACGCUGGACAGCAUCCACAUGGAAGACGCGGCGCGCCCGGGGCCCUCUUUUCUUCCCAUCCGCCGCGUCCGCGUUUGCCUGGGAAAAGGGACCCAGGAAAACCUGAUGGAAUACUCCCUCUCCAAGGGGCCCCCCACCAUGGCGACCGUCGAGGAGGUCAUGGCACUCUUCGAGAGUGGGGGGGAGUUAAGCACCAAGACAGUCCGGAAGAUCCUGAGAGACGCCUACAAGCAUCUCAAGGGCCUGGGCAACAUCAACAAGGUGCCGCUCAACUCGACGGAAGAAAGCGUCACGGUGGUGGGAGACAUCCAUGGGCAGCUGGCGGACCUGGUGUGCCUGAUGAACCACAACGGCCUUCCGUCGGAGACGAACAAGUACAUCUUCAACGGAGAUUUCGUAGACCGCGGCUUCCAGGGGGUGGAGGUGCUGGUGCUGUUGUUCCUCCUGAUGACGGUGUUCCCGAACAGCGUUUUCUUGAACCGCGGCAACCACGAGGACUUCGGCCUCUGCUGCGUCUACGGGUUCCAGAAGGAGUGCUUGGACAAGUACAACGACGUCGUCUUCAGGUGGAGAGGCUGGACUACGUGGUGCCGGCUAGGAGUGAAGAAGACCGCCAGGACGAGAGUAAUCUGCCCGAAGCCGAGGCGCCAGAAGGACCUCCGCACCAUCAUGCACUGCGCCUUGUGGAGCGACCCAGACCUGUCGCCGAGCCUGCCCAACCCGCAGCAGAACCCACGAGGGGCGGGCGUGUUGUUCGGCCCCGACUCGACCAAGUCUUUCCUCGAGGAGAACGGGCUGGACAUGGUGGUGCGGAGCCACGAGUGCGUGGAGGAGGGCUUCGACCUGCCCUUCGAGGAGGACAUGGAGGGGUGCUGCGCGACUAUCUUUUCCGCCUCGAACUACGGCGGGAGCAUGAACCAGGGGGCCACGAUGCGGUUCAGUCUCAACGAGACUGAUGACAGCUUCGCCGCGGGGGGGAUAAGGGCCACGUCCCCGGAGGUGCACUACACCGUGUUUGACUACCAGCUCACGGCUGCCGACAAGGACCACGGCCAUCUGCUCAAGGCCAACCAGAGCGGCCUGUCAUCCCUGGUGCUCCGGAAGAAGCGAGCGCUUACGGCCGCCUUUACCCAGGUGGACAAGCAGGGCGACGGCUUCGUCACCAAGGACAAGUGGUGCCAGGUCAUGGACAACGUGACGGGUUUGCAGAUCUCCUGGAAGGCGAUCUUGAAUAUCAUCGUGGACGAGGAAGACCGCGAAGGGGACAAGAUUAACUGGAGAGCGUUCAUGUCCAAGUUCCACGUGAAGCUGUCGGCGAGGGCCAGCAAGGGCGUGGGCAAGAACGUCGCUAUGUUCGACGCCAUGUACGCGGACCGCGAAAAGCUGGAGGCCAUCUUCCGCUUCUUUGACACGGACGGAAAUGGCUCAAUCAGCCGCGAGGAGUUCCACAGGGGGUGCGAGCUGCUGAACCAGCAGGCCGGGGAAGGCGAGUACCUGGAGAACAUUGACGUGAUCCUCGGCGUGAUGGACAUGGACAACAACGACUCGAUCGACAUCAACGAGUUCUUCGAGGUUUUCCGCCUUGUGGACGCGGCGGAUGGGACUGUGGACGGAAAGUACGGCACGUCCUGAUUCAUCAAACCACGGACAUUUGCGGCGGCUGACUGAUGACGCGCGUCUAGCAGUGGUGCGCAGAAUCUUUCUUGGGGGCUCCCCUCCCCCCCCUCCCCCCCUGUUCUGUUCUGGAGGGUUGUCAACGUUCCUUCUUUUCCUCUAUUGUAGUCUGCCCCAUGAUGCGUUUUGUCAUUUUUUUUUUUCAUCUAACAACCCUUGUUUUGUUCUUUUUGCUCGUCUCUUUUUUGCAUACUCACUUACCUUCGGGUAUUUUUCUCAUGGUUGGUCGUCUUUUUUCGUUUGUCGUUGAUUGUUUUUGUGUCUUGGCCGGGCUGUUACGCCGUUGAUUUCGGAACAGUUUGAGUCACGUUUAGCGUUCCUUCCGUAUAGAGCACGCCUUGUGAGCAUCGUUGGUCGGUGUUGUUCAAGUAGGUGUCUCCCCCCCCCUACGUCCAGCGGUGGUAGCUUGACAAGAGCAGUUUGUGGGCAUUUAUCCGAUGUGGCAGUCAGUUGCAGCAGGCGCGUGAGUGCAAGCAACACCCCCUCCCAGAGAGUGGCGUGACCAGCGUUGAGUACAGUGUGUGGGAGGGGUUUUGGGUCUCCAUGAGUGAGUUAUCGGCGUUUUCGCUCAGAUUUUGUCCAUGGACAAUGUCGAGAUGAGGUCGUGGGAGGGGGGGGGGGCAUCGACGAUACUGCCUGCCUGCAAACCAAACUCGACGGACUGAGCUGAGCAGCAGGGACCGGGUGUAGCGAUCAAUAAAUAGAUGCCCGCAUGGGUUUCUGGGUUUGAUUCCUAAGUGUUGCAUGCAGGCAUCACGGUAGUCCCUUUUAUUUGGUCUAUUUAUGUAGCUUGUUUUGUUUCUUGUUUGUUUCCUUGGAAACGAUUUGACAGUAAACUUUUAGGGCCGUGCUGCUCUCUCUCUCGGUCUUGUUGCAGGGCACGAUUACCGACAUUUUUCCAAGUACCCCCCCCCCCCCCCCCCCCUUU